AGUAUGGCGGACGGCGGAGGGAAGCCGCUGCAGAGCGCCAUGAAGAUGGCGAAGCAGGCGAUUCAGCUGGAGGGGGGAGACCGGCAGCAGGUAGGCGGCUGCCACCUGGAUGGCAGCAUCAAAGCUCCGGCUGAAGCUGACCGGAAGUGACGAUGUAUGGAAUGUAAACAAACAUGGGGGGAGGGGCUGCUCCAGCUGUCAAGUUCAGAAAAACCAGGAAACCAGCUGGAAGCCUGAUGGUCAUAAUGUUGGAAGCUUACUGCCAAUACCUGCGAACGAUCAACUACAUAUCACACGUUCUUCUCCAAGAAGAGACGCAGGUGGAGGUGGAGCGGAUGCUGCGUCUGGCGGAGCAAUGUCUGGACCGAGCCAAGUCCUUCAUAGGGAAGCGCUCAGUCCAUCCUGCCGCCCCUGUCCUCCACAAUGCUUCCUGUUCUUCAGCUGACCAAUCAGAGAUUGGUCCUAAGGCUGGAGACAGCACCUCUGCUGCUGAGGGACAGGUUGAUGCUUCGUCUCGGUUUGGUCUGUCAGAUGAUGGUGGACAGCCGUCCUCUUUCCCUCCUCCCGAUGUCUUCCAGAGACAACAGACUGUGGCUUCACACGACUCCGGCAGGAAGACGCUGACCCCGGUGGAGGAAGCGUCCCGGCAGAACCAGAAGCUCCAGGCGUCCUAUGAGGCUCGUGUGGCCCGGCUGGCUCCGGGUCAGGCGUCCCAGAAAACCUCCUUGACUCUUUCUCUGCAGCGGCAGAUGAUGGAGAAUCUGAUCAUCGCCAGAGCCAGACAGGACGCCCUGCAGAGGAAGGUGGAGGAGAGGAGGCAGAGGCUGCAGGACGAAGCUAACAGAAGGUUUGCUGCCUCUGGAGCACUGACUGCAGAGGAGGAGGAGCAGCGGCUCCUCUUUGCCCGGGUUCUGGAGUAUGAACUGGACCACGACUGGCCCAAAGAGUGGAGAACCAACAUCAAGAAGAACCCAGACGCCUCGCUGGUUCUGGAUUUGCUCUCCUACCUGCUCAGAUCUGAUCAUCCACUGGUGGAGCUGCUGAGGAAACAUCAGUUCAGAAUCUACAACCAGCUGUACCCCAUCGUCACCCAGAGUCUCCCUCAGAGCCUUCCUCAGAGUCUUCCUCAGAGCCUUCCUCAGAGCCUUCCUCAGAGUCUCCCUCAGAGCCUUCCUCAGAGUCUUCCUCAGAGCCUUCCUCAGAGUCUUCCUCAGAGUCUUCCUCAGAGCCCCGCCCUGCUGCUCAGGUCUUCUCGCAGCGUUCACGUCCGGCUCUCUCCAGAGCGAAACCCGACCGGAACCAGCAGCUCAGUGGCCAGCGAGGACGCGGCGCGGCGGGACGACUCCUUCGAGGACCUGGAGCACUUCCUGUCCCGGCUGGACUCUGGUGACCUGCAGGCAGAGCUGACCUUUGACCCCUCCGUUGAACUGGAGCAGCUGGAGUUCAGAGCUCUUAAAGAACACCUGAAGGCCAUCGUCAGAGACAUCCACGGAGCCAUCGAUCAGCUGCUGUCGCUCUGCCUGCUCUCCUUCGACUGCCUGAACACGGCGACCUUUAAGGACCUGAGUCUGGGCUGCAUUGAGGAGGCCUUCUUCACGCCGCUGUGGAGCCCCCUGCUGGCUCUCUUCAGGCGAGUCCUCAGGGAGCGAGAGCGGCUCUUCCAGAGGAACAUGGCGCUGUACUGCAGCGCCUCGCCAGCAGAGGUCGGUGUUCCCCUCAAACUGUUCCCCCAGGACCCCGGCGCUCUCCAAGGUUCCUACCCCUACGAGGCGGCGGUGCAGGAGCUGAAGCUGCUGGUGCAGACCCGCUGCCCUCAGAGGAAGCUGGACUGCAUAGUGCGGACGCUGCGGCUGAUCUGUGGCUGCGCCGAGGAUUACCGGAACCAGCAGGGGGGCGGAGCCUCCCGGGCCGCCGCCAUCGGCGCCGAUGACCUGCUGCCCAUCCUGUCCUACGUGGCGCUGCGCUGCCAGUGUCCCCAGCUGCUGUCGGAGUGCGCCGCCCUAGAGGAGUUCAUCCAUGAGAGCUUCCUGAUUGGUGAGGAGGGUUACUGUCUCACCUCCCUGCAGAGCGCUCUCGCCUACGUUGAGUCUCUGCCAGCAAGAUCUGACCUUGUUGACCCCGAGUAAUGCCCCUCCCCCCCUUAUAGCCACAGGUACAAGCUGGCCUCUGAUUGGCCAGACAGAGAUAAGGUCAUGACCUUUGCUCUGGAGGUUCCUGGAUAUCAGGAAGGAUUUACUGCUGGCUGUUCUGAGCAUGCUCAGUAGGGGCUGAGAAAUGGAAGCAGCAGUUACUUUCCAGUUGUGGACCGGACCGGACCGGACCGGGGGAGGGGCUACUUCACCAUUUCUUCAACUUUUCCAAGUUGUUCUUCAUCUUCCUCACUCUUCAUCGUUUUCUGAUGCUGCAGCUCUUGGCUCCGCCUCCCAGCCAAUCAGAAGACUCCAGGUGUCAACAGGUUGUCAAUAAUUCCUCUGCAAACAUGAUCAGUGCAACACCUGGUUGGUGGGCGGAGCCUGAGCUGGAGAGAAAUGUUAAUAAUCCAGCAGCAGAUCUGUAAAUCCAAACUUUACUGAAUUAUUAGUCAAAACCUGGGAGUUAAAACUGCUGCAGACACUACAGGAAGUCUGAUAAUCCUGCUGAUAUCUAACCGGGUCACCAUGUUGGUGAACGGCAUCGUGGGUAAUCUGCUUGCAGUGGAUGUGAUGACAUGAGAGCAGACUCUGGGUGACCUUCAGGAUGACCUCUGAUGCCUACAUCGGCCCUGCUGUGAAGAACUGAAGGGAUUCUUGGUUUUGUUUUUCAGAAUUUAGUUUCUUCUCAUCUAGUUUAUAUUCAAUUUGCCGGGACCUUUCCAGAGGUCAAGGGUCAUAAAAUAAAUCAGGUAACUUUGUAUUUUAUUGUUUAGUUUUAAAUCAGAUAAGUUUAUACAUCCCAGAGAUUUAUUUAGUUUAACUUUUUAUUCUCAAUUGUUUAUGAAGCAAAAAUCAAAUUUUCAGUCUUAAAAUAAUUUCUGGUCCAAAGAGCAGAAAGCGGCUGUAGUUUCUGGUUCUGAGAUGCAGUACUGGUUUACUGGUUCCGGCACCAGUAAACUGAUGGAACUGGGAGAAUCUGCUGGAAUAUUUUUGCAUCAUUUUUAUUGAAGAUGUUUUCAAAAGCCAGAAAAUCCUGUUUCCAGUUGCAACAUGAAAGAUGUUGAGAUGUUCGGGGCUGUGGUGGGUCGGGGGAAGCGCGACCCACAUUUUCAGGCCUUUGGUCCUCGGCGCGGCCGUCGUGGGUUCGACUUCCGGACCCGACGGGUCUUCCCCUUCCUGUAAGAGUCACUAGAGACACAAAAACCCCUGGAGGGAAAAACAGCAAGUUCAGAUGUUAAAGAUCCUGUGAUUUGAAUCUAAACUUUACUGGGAAUGUUUAUGAAAUAAUGUAUCUUUUUGAGAAGAGUUAAUAAAGAUCAAUUGUUUAAUUAUUAAA